GUCCUUGAGUUUUUUUACCACAACAUCCACUACGACGUCCACAACAACAACACAGACAACCACAACUUCAACAACGUCGAGCAGCACCACGGCCACAUCGACUACCACAUACACCUUUUUCGACAAUGAAUCCAUGAAUGACAGCAUGAAUGAGAGCGAGAAUGUUUCAGAUCUUGAUCUCGAGGACGACGAAGAGGAGGUUGAAUCUGAGGAUAACAACGAAACCUUUGCUGAUUGGCUUGAUGUUUCGGGUGACGAUGUCAUAGAAGGGCCCAAAAGACUGAUGUUUGCCACCCGCGAAUUUCACGGGAGCUUGCUGAUUCCUGGAACCUUGUACUCCUACGCCUUCAUCUUCGCAGAUGCCCUCGAGCUUGCUGCGCUUGAAGAGAACGACACAUGGGAUCUGGAAUCAGUUUCAGGGAUGGAGUCCGUGGCCUUUGCGGUUUCUGUUCCCUUUCGGGCCGACUCGCCACCAAGCAGAGGGCGGGUUAUUGUCACCCCGUUGCAGGGCCGCGCACUGCAGACACCAUUUCGAAUUGCAACCGCUGACUGGGAGGAUGAGGACGAAGAGCUCGAGUACGCUUUCUACCGCUUUCCGAUCCAGGGGAGUGGUGGCCCGGGCUCCCACGGCUUGGAGAGUCGCUUCGAACUGCCGGACAUUGAAUGGAACAAUGCUUCUCACGCGUCACACUGGCGCAAACAAGGAGGCGUUUUGCUCCGAUCGUUCUCCACGGUGAAAACCCUGGAAGAGCUGCGCCUCCCAGCAGGAUCCUACUUUGUGGUUGUCAGGGCGAGGGACAGCGCCGAUGGCAUGCAUACAGAAUUUUUGGCAGCACCAUGGGUCUCUGAAGCAACGGACCUCGACGAGGCCAGCUUGACAGAGCUACUCGAUUCAGCCCAGAGCAGCAAUGAUGCGAACUCGAUCAUCAAUGCAGUUGAUACCGUGAUUUCAUCUUUGCCUACAGCUGCAGAGGAGACGUCACAGCUCUCAUUGCAACUGAUUCUACAAGCGACUGCGCUCAUCGACUCUCCAGAGGUUGCUGCUAAGUGCGUAGAAGCAGUGACUGCAGUACUUGUUGGGGCCUCAAGCGAUGGCACUGCAGAAGGAGCCACCCUGGAGAGUGCCAGCACAGCUAUCGACUCCGCUUUAGACGCCAUGGGUACUGUGGGUAUGGUCAGUGACGCAGGGGCACUGGUGCUGGAAGGCAUCAGCACAGUCGGGGCGACAAGUUCAAGGAGCCUUCAAAACAGGGAAACGGCUUCACGUUUGACAGGCCGAGUCAAGAGCCUCACUGCAAAGCUUGCCGACAGGCUGCUCUUCCAGUUGCCACCAGGCCAAAUGGAGCUCUUGAGGGCAGACGAUAGAGCUGGGACAGGAGGAAGCUCCAGCCUUAAGGUGGCCAGGAUGGGAAGCUCAAACGCACGCCGUUUGGCAAGCACAACCAGCUGCUCGGAUGCUUCGGAGACGAUUGAACUGUCAACGCUCCAGAUGACUCAGCCUCUGCUGGCCUCUGAAGACAGCGCUACUCCUUGGCUUCCAGUGUCCGGGCCUGCCGUGGAGUUUCAAGAUGCUGUGUGGCGAUCCACAAACCUCUACAACUGGGCCAAUCCUGCCUUGGGCGUGAAUGCUCAUGUGCCAGACGAUGCCACGGUUCGCAGCUUCGCUGCUACGGCAUGUGGAAGCCCGGUUGUGCUUUUCAACCUGUCGGCCCCGGUGUACAUUCGGCUCCGUCUGCCUCAGCCUGAAGCACCACCCAGUGGCUACUUUCUGUCACCAGCCUGUGCCAAGUGGCACGAAGCAGACAGUGCAUGGAAGAUGGAGGAUUUGCAGGUACAAGACGUGGAUGCAACUCAUCUAACGUGCAUUUCUUUUGCCGGCACGGGAGUCUACACGGCCUUUUUCUCACCAACACCAGAACCCACUUCCACAUCAACGAGUUCCACCGUCUCCAUGACGACGUCAACAAGCACUUCAGCGACCCGCACUUCAAGUACCGCCACAGGACCACUGACAACAACCGCGUCUUCUGUCACGUCAACUGUUACAACUGUGGUUUGGUGGGCGACUGCUGUAACAACACUGGGGAUGGACGUUCCUUUCUGUAGUGAGUCAUCGAUGCCACCGUCUCCACCAGGAGCGGCGCCGUUCACUUGUUAUGGUCCCCGCCGGGUCGGCCAGGAGUGUCGUGCCAAAUGCGAUCCCGAUCCACUGAACACUGAUGCUGCGGCGAUUUCGUGCCUUCCAGGUUUAAUUUGGGCCUUCUCAGUACCAUGCCCAUCUCCCACCGAGCUUCCGCUUGUCGUCACGACGGAAACACCGACAACCAGCUACGAAGUCAUGACCGUGUAUGGCAUGAUCGCGCUCGGCACCCUUGGGUUCUUCUUGUGCGUGGCCCUGGGCUGCUCACUGGCGUCGCAUCUUCGGUCAGCAGGCCAGCAGAAGGCGAGCCGAGUGGCACCCGAACUGCCUCAAAAGCCGUCUGAUGUGUCAUCACGGUCUUUGACCUCCGCGCAGAUAGUGAGCCGCAUGGAAGCAGACCAGCUGCUUUUCCAGACAUGGGCGGUCGAAAGUGCAAAGCAUCUGCCAUCCCCAACCUUCCGCGAGAGAUCAUCCGAGCCCACUCAGCCAGACAGGCCCGGCACGGAUGAGUUGGAACCACCAGCUGAUGCAGCCGACCUUCGCACGCUGACUGUUGAAGGAAGCUUUUGGGAUUGGGCAAAGGAGUGGUCUCAUGCCUCCAUCGUGCAGGUGGCCAUGCCGGACCCAGCCAUGCAGCUGGUCGCUGUUGAGCAGCCGCCCGAUCCGGAUGCUCAACAAGACGGGGAAGAGGCUGAACUAGAGGAACUCGUCCCGUAUGACCGAGUGCGAUAUCUGACAAAAGAGAUCAAAAGAAAGCUCCGCGGAGAUAACACCGUUGACGAUGCAAAGGAAUACUCUAGCAACAUGCUAAAUUUGAGGCGCCGAUGCCCAUGGAACCAGAAGGCCAGGCUCGCACGGGGUCUCGAUGCUGUUUUGACGUGGUUUGGAAGGUCCGCUCGACUUCAGAACGGAGCAGCUAGCCCAAACUGCGAAAGCCUCCGACCUGGAAUCGGGAGAGCCCGAAGUGGCUCCAGAGCGAGCUUUUAUGCUGGAGCGUUCUGGAGAGACUGUUGCCGUGGAGCGGACGGCAAGAAGUGGCGCUUCGUGAAUGCCAUCGACAACUUCGAGCUGAGUGCAAGAGCGGCCUUGUCUCCUAGCAGCUGCUCGGUCUCUGCUCGGCGAAGUCCCAAGCCGGGGGCUCUCAAAGCCGAGAAGGAACGCAAUACCCUCGGCACGGAGGACUACAGCUUUCGUGGGCUGGCGAAAGCAGUACCGAAAAAGACAUUGACAGAGCCUACCGACAGCAGUCAACCCGACUUCGUCCUGACAAGGAAGGUGGCUCCAAUCAAGGAUGCCAAGAGCAGAGAGUCGAUGCGUGCUCGUGUGGGUCAGGAUUUCAAUACUGCUUCCAGCGAGGUGAUGGCAGGUCCGGGCUCAGGUGUCGAAGGGCGGACCAGACCGGGCUUCAAGUGGAAAAGUGCAAGGAACACAGCACCUUCUGGCAGCGAUGGAGCCAAACCCACGCAGCAGCCUGCCCAAGAGAGUGCAGCAGAAGCGGCCGAGAUGCCACACCUGCUGCCCACUCAGGCUCCGGAAGUCCCAGUUCAAGCUGCUUUUGCCAACGGAGAGAUGGUGGAAAUCAUAGGCUUGCAGGGUGCACUAGACCUGAACGGACGAGUGGGCAUCGUGCGCGAGUUUGACCCAGCCUCGAGGAGGCACAGAGUGGAGCUUCUUGAAGAGGAUGGAAGUGUCCGACAAGUCCGUGUGAGGCCAGCAAACUUGGACUUGCUGAGCGCCGAAGAGUUCAUGCCUUCGCGAGCAUCCAAGCAAGAGCCGCCGAAGGUCAGCAAGGAUCCUGCAACGCUGCGCCCUUCGCAGCCAGUUCGGACGUCCCGUGAAGAGCCAGAAAUGGCUGUGGCGCUUGCGACCGCCGUCAAUCAGUGUGAUCUGUUUCAGGUCCAGGCAUUGCUUCGUGACAGAGCUGACCCGAAUGGCCCCUCACAGUCACCCGGCACACCCUUGCUGCUCGAAGCUGCUGCAAAGACUGCUGCGCAGAGCCUUGACUUGGCUGCACUCCUGCUCGGAUACAAUGCCGACCCGGCUGUGCUGGAUCGUCCUCGACCUGCCAAGGCGGUCCGGUCGGAGACAGAGGUGGAGACACUUUGCCAAAUCUUUCGCACCAAGAGCGCAUCCACGGAAGAGGAGCGUGCUAUCCUGUCCAAGCUUGAUGCUGGAGCACUGGCACAGGCGCGCCGGCUGCUGAAGCUGUCUGGGCCCUUCGCGCUGGGGGGCAUCGCACCUGCAGUCUGUCUCGAAGAAUCCAGCAGCUGCCAAGAGUUGGAGGCCACGAAGGCGCACAGGCUUUUUCUACACUCGGCAGAUGGCCUGCGGCCUGUCCUGGUCAUGCGCCCCUCGGCAGGUCAACCAAGCGCCCUGGUGGUAUUGCUCCAUGGGCUCUUUCAGUCGGCACGGAUGUUGGAGACGACAGUGCGCCGCCUUUCUGACUCAGUUCCUCACAUGCUGUUUGUGAUGCCCACCGCGCCUACACGUGAUGGCUGGAGUGUUGGCCCUGCAUGGUUUGACCACACACGGUCCGCUCGCAAAGCUGAAGCUCUUGAGGAAUGUCGGUCCGAAAUCCUGGCGCUGCUCAGCUCUCAAGGCCACGAGUGGGGCAUCUCGCCCGAGCGAGUGGUUCUCGCGGGCUUCUCCAUGGGCGGCACGCUGGCAGCCUGGACGGCGUUGCAGGUGCCACGACCACUUGCCGGACUCUUGCUAUUUGGCACGGAAGGCCUCAGCUUCACAGGAGGCUGGGCGGCUCCGAAGACGCUGGACGGUCCUGGCUCGGACUGGGCUGUCGGGGCCGAGUCCUUGCAAGUGCUGCAGUGCCAUGGACGCGAGGAUACCCUUUGUCCUAUUGGCUCUGCAACGACCUGUGCUGAUGAGCUGCGGCGCCUGGGGUGCAGUGUGCGGGCUUUGGCAUUUCAAGGAGUUGGGCAUGCUUUGUCCACAGAUAUGGUUGACGAGGCGAAAUUAUGGCUCCAGAAGCAGCUGCCUGCUCUGGACACGUGA